UGUGGAUGCUGGCUGUCUGUGAGGAGAGCCCCGCUUCAUCUGAAGUCAACGUUGAGUGUGUGGAAUGACUUUGGACAGAGUUACUGUGCUGAUAAUAACGUUUGGGAUUUGAGCAGCAAUGGCGGUGAACUGGGCCGAGAGGAACUCCGCUUUCUCCCGCAGUCCUUCUCGCUUCCUCUCCGGGACAACACCUGAGGCUUUCCUGGCAGAGCUGCUCCGUGAGCUCCGGGAUGACAGAGCCAGUUACAGUGUCAAGGUCCUCCUGCUGUCCCCACUAUGUGAGCACCCGACUCUGCUGUGUCCCUCAGACUCAGUCGGGGAGGAGACGGCCCUGGAGCUCAUGUCAGUGUUCGUCCAGUGUCCUCCCAAGUCUGUCCAGUUCCGUUGUCACCUCCUGCUGGGCCUCGCCUCUGUGCUGGUCUGCACUGACUGCAUGAGCAGCCGUUCCCGUGUAGCUCAAGACUUCCUGGACCUGCUCCUUCAGAUAGCCCAGGACACCAGUGACCUCCACGGUGAAGGUGCUCAGCGCUCAUUACGGGCCACGGCAUGCGAGUGCCUGCGGGAUCUGGAGGCCUGCUGUCCGGGCCUUCUCGCCCAGCGUCUCGAGCUCCUAGGCGUGCUCCGGCAGCGAGAAGCCUCCCGGCUCCACCAGGCCUAUGCAGGACUUCAUACUCUGGUGUUAAGAAACGCUGUGUAUCAGCUCACCCAGGAAACUGGAGCUGGUGGCGAGCAUCUCAAGGCUCUUCUGGGAGGAAAUACGUCAGUUGCAUGGGAAGCAGAGCAGGACUCAGGCCCGAUGACAAGCAAAGGCUCAUCCAUCAUGUCUUCACUUAUCCUGGGACCCAUGGGCACAGUGCCGGCCCUCCAGACCGGGCCUGACUGUAAGGAGUUGCGUUCAGUCCUGUCAUCCCUCCUGGAGGAGUCCUAUCUCCUCACUCCUCUGUGUCAGGCCGCACUGCUCCAUAGACUGACGGAGGUGGUUGCCAUGGUGCCUGGGGUCCCUCCAGCCGUAUUCAGAGCCCAGCUGCUGCGACUGCUGGGAACGAGCGAGGUGUGCCUCCUUCACACCACUCUGCUGAUGAAGUGUGCGUUCACAGACAGCCUGUUCAGCGCCGAAGACGAAGCCUUCAUCCUCAAGCGGCUGGUCGUGCUCUCCCAGCACCCACUGCUGAGUACACCCGAGAAGCUUUUCUACAUGGACUGUAUCCUGCACUUUCCUGAGAACCGGCCAAUCAGCUGCGGCGAUGGCGACGAGACCCUCCCCGUGCUGCUGACUCCGCAGCUAGCCUCGGCUCUAGUGCCCACUGUGUUCAACGACAGCGCCACCAUGCUGGCGCGCCUCAACCUGCUGUCUCAGGUCUACCUGGAGGAGGGAGAAGAAGGUGAUGGAGAGGAGGGCAGGGGGCUGGCCUACCUAUACGAACACCUCACCUCGCUGCUACGCAUCGUGGAAAACGGAGGCAGCCGGGAGAUCGUGGUGACCUUCUUCAGAGCUGCCUUCCUCUUCCUUUUCUACUUCUUUCACGUGGAGCGCUACUCCAACAGCCUGAUGGAGAAGCUGUGUGAGCUCUACCUCCGCCACACUCACCUGGCUCCACACCUCAUCAACCUGGCCGACCAGACCCAGGAAAAGCUCACUGAAUCCAGUUGGGCUGUGGCGCUCCUGAAGGCCCUCCAGGGGGUCAUCACCAAGGCCCCGCUCGGCCAGCUCACCUUGCAAGAACUCAGCUGGCACCUCAAGAUGCUGGCUCGAGUGGCGGAGGAAGGAGAAAUCCCCCAGCACAGCACCCUCGGCUUCCUGUCCUGCGUCAUCACGCCGUCUUCCUCGUCUCUGUGCGUGAGCGGCGACUGGCGUCUGGGAAACAGUCUGCUGGGAGUUUGCCGUCGCCUCCUCGUCCACCCCAGCCUGGACUCGCUGCUCAUUCCUCUGGCUGACAUCCUGCAGCAUCUCACCUGCCACUACGGAGACACGGACAUCCAGGACCACGCCCGCCUCUACUACACCCUCCUCACCACGUUGUCUCGAGAGAAGCUGGCCGGAGUGUUGGCGCAGGGUUUGACCGAGGGAGGGCGUCAGGUCAAGAAGCGAUCGCUGUCCACCAUCAUGACCGAGGGCGAGGGGCUCACAAGCGCGCUAACCAUUCACCAGACAGAAAAAGCAAUAUUCGGGCUGAUAGGGACCCUUUCUGAUCCACAAGAGGAAACAGACUUAAACCAGAAUGAGACCGAGAGCAGCCCAGGACAGGCGACCGCAGCACUGGAAGCCUACAGAGCUCAGUUCCAUGAUCCUGGCUUUGCCUCAGAAAUCACCUUAAACUACCUGCUGACUCAUAUUGAAGCUGACGACUCCCGCUUUGAUCAGCUCUUCAGCAUCCGCCUCCACUUCAACCUCACAGACGACCACUACGAAGAACUCAGCGACAUCAGCGUCCCGUGUCUGUUCAGGGAGAGGCCGCCGCCCAAGGUGAAGCUGAGGCUGAAGCCCAGGCGACCUUACCCGACCACCCUACACGCCAGCGCCAUCUUCACCACCCAGGACGGGCUCUCCUGGCUCACCGUCCUGCCGGACAUCCACGUGACUUUCCAGCAGGCCUUCAUGUCUCCGCCUGCUCCCCCGGCAUGGGGACGAGGCGCCAAACUGGGCCUGUUCGAGGGUUUAUGGGAUGAAAUCAGCUCUGAGAGUGGCGACAAGGACCUGGGAGACUGCGCCACCAGCCUGUUCUGCUGCCAGCUGGAGGAGGCGGCUCUGAUCGCCCUGGUGGAGAAACACUUCCUCCCCUACCUUAUAUCAGAUCUGUCUGAUGAGGAGGAGUUCAAAGUGCUUUUCUUCCUCCCGCCACAGUCCCACAUGCUGCUGAAGAUCAGGUCGGAGGAAGACGCUGUGCACUUCAACAUCGCCACAGAUAACUGGCAGCUGCUGCCUCACAUGAGCUCUUAUCUACUGACAGUCACGUCCUGACAGGAAGACACUCACAGCUGACUGUGAUACAUCGUCCUGCCUUGUUUUUAAUUUGGAAGAAAAGCUGAUUUUAAACGAAUCUCUUUAAUAACUCCGCUUGUACUUAAAAGAUGAAAUUACUUUGGCCAGUCGAUUUAAAAUAAAGUUAUUGCACUUUAAUUUUCUUGACCUGAAAUUAAACAAUAAUGUAAAAUGAAAUAUUUUGGUAUUUAUUUACCAAGUACAGUCAAAACAAUUCACAUCAUAUUGGUUACAGGCUAGAAAUGAAAGAGCCUCCAACAUACAAUGGUGCCUUUUCCUUGCAGAAAUCUCUACAGGGCAGCUUUAAAUUUUAUCCUUGUGAUGUAAGUUGACAAGAUAACUGUGGGUGAAACAGGUUUAAUAA